AAAUGGCUGACCAUGAACUGGAUUGGGACCAUGCAGCUGAUUUUGGCGAGAGUUCGCCGUUGCUAGAGGGAACCAAAGACGAAUCCUCUGCGUAUUACAGAUCUGGGAACUUAUCUUUAUCAUUUGACGAGGCUAGAGAGUUGAUUGGGGUUUUAGAUUCUUGUCGUACUAAACUAGAACAAUAUAUCUCUCCAGGUGAGGAAUCGCAGUCACAGAUAAUAGAAGUUGAAGUUACUGCUGGUCGAUGCUUACGGUUUAAAACUAAAAUUGGUCCAAAAAUCGCAAGAAAUAUUAUUUUUGUUACUAUAUUAUUACAGGCAGUAAAUGUGUUAGUGUUGUCAUUAAUUGAUAUCUGGCCGAAGAAAGACAGUGAAACAGUGAUAGUUGUAAGUGCUGUAACCAUGUUGGUGUUUCAGUUACUCAAUUUGUUUUGUCUUAUUUACACCACAGUGGACCUAGCAAAGCAGUUAUAUAAAAGAAGUGUGAGCAAUAUUUUAUUAGCCCAGUGUUACCUAGCAACCAUUUUAUUAUUUUGUGGGAUCUAUAUCUUAACGUACAGAUUAAAGCCAGAAUCAUGGAAGUUUAUUCAAGAUGAUUUAAACAAGAGUCCAGAUUUAGUCAUUGUUCUUUAUGUUAAGAUAUUAUUUUUCUCUGUUUCUACGGCAACACUUUGUGGAACAGCAAAUGUGGUGCCAGCAGAAUGGUACAACUAUAUUUUUACCUCUUUUCAGAUGUUGUUAAGUUUUGUUUAUUUCGCGUCAAUACUGGGACAGUCGAUAGCUAGUCAUACGUCAAGAGUCACAAAAAAUACAACAACUACACGGACUAGUACCUACGGGGCCACGACCAACAACGAUGAUAGAAGUUACAGAAACACACCAGGUCAGGAAGAUUAUUUAAAUGUAUGGCCUUCAAUUAAGUUUUUAGGACAGGCUGUAGCCCAGCUGGUUGUAGUGUUGGAAUCUUGGUUACAUCAAACAAAUGGUGGUUGUGAGAUCUAA